AAACAAACAGGUUGGCAUCAAAUUGAUUUCUUGUGUGUAAAACUGAAAAACCCAAGAAAACAGUUUCCAUUGCAGAAUUUGUGCAUUAUGGUUGGCAGAAAUUUUUUCACCAUCUCCAGAUUUCAGACAAAGAAAACAGAAAUAGAUUGCUUUUCAACAAUUGGAAUGAGAUUGGAAUAUGUGUUUUCUGAAUUGAAUCUCAUUUGUAUUUUAGUGAUCAUUUGUUUCUGCAGAAAGUAUCAUUGAGUGAUUCUCUAGUCUUAUAUUUUUUUGUGGAAACAUGCAGAAUAAUUUGCAAUUCUAUUGCAACAAGAAUUCUUUAACUUGCGCCAACAUUAUCUGUCAUAUGUGUAAGAGAAAAAUAAAAAUGAAACGGAGCAAAUCUCUUUCUCCCGAGCCAUCCAGCAGCGAGGCAAAGCGAGUAAAACUAGAAGUCACAGAUUUAAAUGGUGCAACAUCUCCAAACAUUCUUGAAUUCUCAGAUGAUGUUCUGCUUUACAUAUUGAAAUACUUAGAUCCACAGGAUCUUAUGACUCUCAGUUUAUGUUGUCAAAGAUUUGCACGAUUAACACAAGACAGAACUUUGUGGAGAAACGUAGACUUUCGUACACAGCCUAUGGUUCUGGAUGACUUUGACAAAUAUACAAAAUUUUUACAACCAAUGACAACAAGUUUGGCAAUACGUGGUGAUUUAGUUUCUAACAAUACAGUUCUUACACAAAGUUUUCUCAAGAAUGUGAGAACACUGUGCAAGCAACUUAAAGAAUUGAUAAUUGAAGAUUAUCAUAUAAACGGAGAUAAGAUUCCGAUAACAGAUUUUCCAAGUACCAUUGAGAAACUGUCACUAGAAGGUUGUGAAAUGGAUUAUGCGCAACAAAAUAAGUCCUAUUUCUUUAAAAUGGAUCUUCACAUGCCAAAUUUAAGAUGUUUGAUUUUGAACUUUUGUGACUGGUUUACGCCACAUUCUUUACUGGUUAUUAGCAAAAUUCCAAAACUUACAGAACUUAGACUGUAUUCAUGUUCCCGUAUGGGUGAAUGUGUUGCGUACGCUAGUUUAGCAACUAGAUUUGGAUUUAAAACACUAGAGAUUUUAGAUUUACGAAAUACAGGAAUUGGAGACAGCGAAGUCGGUUGUUUCAGUAGCACUAAAAGUUUACAACACCUGUACUUAGAAUGCCCGGAACAUUUAAGAGAGGAGUCACCCGAAAUCAUUCAACGUCAACAACAACAGCGUCAACGGCAGGCAAACGCUUUGCAAAUGCCUGCAAUCUUUGAAGAUGAUCAUUUAGCACAAUUUCUAGUUGAGGAUGAAUUUGUUUUUGAGAGAAAUUAUUCGAUGCGAUGUUUGGUAUCGGAUAGAGCAAUCUGUGCACUUGGAAGUGAUCUCUGUGACAGAAGAGUGAUAAAUAGUUCCCCAGAAGGAAUGAUAAUAGCCCAAGAAGAAAAACAAGUUUCCAAUAAUCCAAAUUUGAAGACACUAGUGGUUAGACAUUAUCCACGCGUUACGAAUUCGAGUCUCACUCAUUUGGCUUUCAACGUAUCGACAUUGGAAUAUUUGGACGUGACUGGUACCUCUGUGACAUCAGAGGGCAUCGAAGCUUUUAAGUCAGAACGACCUUCUGUCAAAAUUGUCUCAUCGUUUAUGACAUAGUUAAAGUUAUAUAAUGUUUAGAACGAUUUAGUGACAAAUUAUAUAUUUUUAAUGCUCUUGCUUGAGGAGUCUAUUCACUGACACUGCAAACAGAUCGCGAAAGGACAUUUUGAAGGUUUGAGCGCGACAGCGAAAGAAAAAUUGUUACCAAUCUCUUGAAUUAUAUCACUUACAUAUUACGUCUAUAUUAAUAAUCAUAAUUUUAAAGAUAAUUUUACUGAAAAAUUAUUAAUUUUAAGUAUUCUAAGGAUAAAGAAAUUUUCAUUUAUCAUUUGUAUUAUUAGUAUAUAAAAACAGAUGCAGAGUGAAUGUCUGUUAGCGUUCCAUAUCUACAUUCUUGAUAUGUGAAUUUUACAAAUAUGUUUUCAUUCUGAUGGUAGUAGCAUUUAAGAAAUUUAUACUAAUAAUCGUAUAUAUAUAUAUAUGUAUGUAUAUAUAUAU